ACGUCAUUACGUCACCACGUUGUUGCGUCACCAUAAACAGGAAAUGAGCUGCAACAAAACUUUAUUGGCAGACAGCACGUAGAUGCAGCAAACACAGCCUUUAUGUCACUAAAAGAGUAAAGUCUGUACUCCGGUUUGCACAUUAAUAAGACCCGCCGUUUUGUGACGCGUUGAAUCGGUUCUUUUUCAUUUACCGUGAGCUAAUCAGCGGCUACAUAGCAGCUAGCCUCUCUACACGCUCAUGUGUGACGUCUGUAACCUUCGCCCAUUUACCGCCUCUGUCGGCUUGUUACGUGAUGGAAGUUAGCUGCAAGGACCGAAACGCAUUUAUUUAGUGUUUUACUCCUCCGUUUUGUUUGAUAUGAUGCAUCGUAUGACUCGGUGACCAUUGUGAUCUCGAUCUAGUGUUGUCAAGAUUCACGACGUGGUUCCAGCGCUUUGUAAUGCCUUCAAGUAUAAAGUAUAAAAUCUCCCAAAGGGACCCAGGCAGCUGUUUCCCGUGUUGCAGCACAUCUGGACAGCUGUGGAUGCUAAGAUGCUUCCCCGGAUGUUUUGGUCCAGAUUGGGAGCCCGGCGGCCCGUAGAGUGGAAACCAGUCUGCGUCCACCUCUCCCAGCCUGUCCAACCACACGCGUACGAACCCACGCGCAGAGCUCAGUCAAACCUGUGUGCACCGAGGAUCCUUUCCAGCCACCAUCACAUGAACAGUCCUCACCAGCAGCUGCAGCACACAAGACCGGUUCCGCCUGCUUUAUUUGGAUAUGAAAGCAAUGGCAGCACUUUGAAAAGCGACCCAGGGACGCUGACUAAAUGUGGAAUUGGACAGAAAUGUUUUUAUUCAACCGACCUUGGGAAGUCAGCGUUGAAACCGAGUUUGAAACCAGCACCGGUUCCCGGGAAAAGGGUCCCCAAGGGACCAAGAACUAAGCAACCGUCCAGAGCCAAUCAGCCUUCCCUCAACGUGGACAAGGAUAUGAUGCAAUGUAUUGCCUUCGCAACAGCGGAUCAGUAUCAUUUGCCAACACUUUGCCACGACUUGAUAAACCACGGCUUCCAUGAGGUGGAUUUACCGAGAGAUGCCUCAAAUGUGCUUGUGAUAAGCACAGACACGGCUGCGAAACCAGAUGAUGAUGCUGUAGUGUUCUUCUUCAGGGAAGGCUCAGUUGUUUUCUGGAAUGUUGAAGAGAAAAUGGUCAAAAGGGUGUUGAGAAUACUGGAACAUCAUGAGAUCCAGCCCUAUGAAGUAGCAUUAGUCCACUGGGAAAACGAGGAAAUCAACUACACUGUUGGCGAGGGAAACACAAAGCUUGAGCGCGGCAACUUUAUCUUGAAUGACAAUAUGGAUCAACAUGAAGCAGUUCUGGAGAAAUAUGCAUUUUCAAAUGCACUUUGUUUGUCAGUGAAGCUGGCUAUAUGGGAGGUGUUUUUAGACAACUUUGUGGAGUCCAUUCAAUCAAUUCCAGAGACGCUGAAGUCUGGAAAAAGAGUUCAAUUGUCUUCUGCAGAGGUUAUGAAGAAGAUAGGGGAACUUUUCACCUUAAGACACUGCAUAAACCUGAGGUCUGACCUGCUCAUCACGCCUGAUUUCUACUGGGACCGAGAAAACCUGGAAAAGCUCUACGAUAAGACGUGCCAGUUCCUCAGCAUCAGCCGCAGAGUCAACGUUGUGAAUGAGAAGCUAGAACAUUGUUCACAAUUGACAGAUUUGAUGAGGAGCCACCUGAGUGAGAAGCACAGCCUGAGGUUGGAGUGGAUGAUAAUCAUUCUCAUUGCUAUUGAGGUUAUGUUUGAACUGGCAAAGAUGAUCUUCUAAUUAGCUCUUCUGACAAUGCACAAAUCAUGAAGGACUACGUUACGGUAGUUACGGUAACCCUAACUCCAUGUCAGUGGCUUGUAUUUUAUGGAAGAAAAUGCACUCGAGAAGGGGACCUGAAUGUUUUUUCAUUUCUUACAUUACAUUUUACAUUUCAGCAACACACACUCAUUUUUUCCGUCUUGACUAUUUGCUGAAGAUAACAAACUGCAUCAGUGGGACUUUUUCACCAAAGGGAGUCAAAUGUUUAACAUAAACCAUUAAAACUGUACAUUAUAUGACAAAGCUUAUGAAUGACUUAGUGUGAAAGAGGUUUUUCGGGGAUGGUACAGACUCACUUCAAUCUGUGACAUUUUUUUUGUUUCUGGUAUGCUAGCAGUAUAAAAAACAACAAAUGCGCUAAUAUAUUCAAAUGUGUUAGUUUAGGAACUCCAACUGUGAGUACUGUAUUAUAAAAAAUGCAAUAAAGUGUUAUACAUGUUUCAAACGUU